GGCACGUGAUGUGGGCCUUCGCAGCUCCUAUGGCGCAAAAGCCUACCAAGCCUUGGAGCUAGAUCACCGUGAGGGACGACGACAGCUCUGGAUAAAGAGGAAAUCUCUUUAAUCAGAGUGGACUAGAUCUUGUAUUCUGCUGCUAUUGUAUCGGGGAAGCGCAGAGACAAAGGGUUUGCCUCCUGCAUCGACUGGAAAAUCCGACAUCACGAUGCGGGACAACGCCCAGCAGGUUGACGACUUAAUUGCCAACUCGAAUCACAUCUCAAAAUGGGUCGAAGAGCAGCCAGCUGAGAGCCAGGCCAGUUGGGCCGAGUCAAUCUUUACACAACUCCUUGACAAUGCCGCACAGCCCAGAUCAGCGUCUGGAAACUCUUGCGUAAAACUUUGUGGUUUCGUGGAACAGGCUUCAAAAUCAAGAUCACAAGUUCUCCGGGUGUGGGCUUUUACCAGAGAUAUUACCCUGAAGCUCUUCAAUUUCUACAUCGAGUGGAAUGAAUCAGACAACCACCGCUCCAUGAGAUUAGUCUUGGAGUUACUGCCCCGGCUCAUAAGAAGGAAUCCAGAUGAGGACGCUUCACAAUUGACAAAGGGAGGGAUCUUGGACAACCUUGUCUCCAUCGUUGCAGGAAUAUCGGCUAAGCCCCUGGCCAAGUCCGCAAUCAAGGCCCUAGAUCAUCUCUUGACUAAGGACAUCGUCUCUGUUGAAGAGAUCUACUCAAGUUAUGUGACUCUCCAGCAAAAAGAAGUGUCAAGUGACAGUCUUGAAGUAUGGAAGGAUAUCUUCUUUGAGCUAUUUCACUGGAUGAGAUUGCACUUUGUUUGCCCAGUUGCUGGGAGGUUCAUUGUUGUCUUGUACCGUGCAUUGCGCCGACGGACCCCCGAGAAGCCAGCGGAUCUAACUAUCGAGAUAUGGCACCAGUGGCUGCUGGAAGCACUAACCGAAGAGUCUUCGAUCCUGGAGCCUGUCAAGAAUUACAUAUUUCUUUCUCUUUUUAAGGCUGAUAAGUCAGAGGCCUUAUUGUUCCUGAGGAGGAUGAAUAACUACGAAGCUGUCUCAGCAAGUACCAGCUUGGACUUAGAUAUCCCAGCGCUCUUACAGCUGGCUGCUCUCGAGACUGGAAAGAAGGUUGGACUAGUGGAGGAACCAGCUUUGAGCGGCAAUGAAAAGCCCAGCGAGGAAGCGUUAUCCAUUAUUCUCGACGAAAAGGUUCUAGAGAGUGUUCUAGCUCAUCCUUCGCCCGAGGUCCGAUCCUUUGCCUUCUCUCUUCUAGUCAGCUCUCCUUUAACCACGCGGCCCUAUUCUUCCAAGGCGCUGGAGUUGUUACGGAAACAUAUGGCGGCCUUCUUCGCCGAGUCGGAUGCCAAAUUCCGAAACGACAUCUCCAGUAAGGUUCGAGACAUGUUCAAGAGAGUGAGAGGUGCCAUUUUCGUGCUGAAGCGAAGCAUACCUCGAGCAGCUGCCCAAGUCCAGAAGGAGAAUGAGGCACAAGGCACUUCUUCGAGCAAGUCAAACACGGUGAUUUAUCGCGCCAACUUAAUAUCACUGCCCGAGGCGCAGCUGGUUGAAUACUUGGAGUGUCAUGAAAAGUUCCUUUUCUGGUAUAUCGGGUUCCUGUGCAGCGAAUUGACCCCAACUGCUUCUUAUCAAAGACACAUUGCAUCUCUAAAAGCAGUCAAGUUCAUACUUCGCAUGGAAGGAGAAAAGGGCAAGACAUGGGAAACAUCCGAUGAUCAGCGGCUCUUCUUCGAUCGACUCGACGGCACGUGGCUGAGGGCUCUGUCUGACUUGAUAAUGGAUCCCUUUGAUGACGUUCGAGAACAUUCAGCUGUUGUGCUCAAGCAAAUCUUCUCGGAUGAACGGUACACAUGCUUUACUCUCAUGUCAACAGGAGGCAGGAUCAGUGCAUCUGAAGAACUUUCUGAACUUUUGCAAAGAGCGGAGGAGCUAGCGAGGAGAACAGCUCGAGCGGACCACUCCGACGGUGUUGCUAGAGUAUGUCAACUUCUCUACAAGUUCUCGAACGGCGAGCAAAAUCGCCUUUCUCUUUUGUCGACCCUAAUCAGCGGGCUCGAAACCAAAUUGUCAGUGGCUGAGAAGGAUCUGGGCCGAGCAGUCCUGGAAGCGCCAGUCCAUGGUGACUUUUCUUCCCUCUGCUACACCUGGCAGGUGGUCUCAGAGCUGCAGUUCUCUGAAAGCGAGUUGCAGGCUGUGCAAGUUCUCCAGGAUCGACUUAUGAUAUGCAGCGAGCGGGUGUGGGCAGCUGUCCGGGACAUCCUCUGCGACGACUCACCAGAGGGCCAUUUGCCUGAGGACCUAGAAGAGGUCGAUGGGCUGGAUACCAAGGACAUUCUAAGUUACAGCUUCCGAGCAGUUCACGAAGCGAGCAAUCUUAUGCGGGCUCUGAUUCUCUCCAUCAAGCAGACGUCCAAAUCGGGAAGAAUACACCCAUCAAGGGAGGUAUACGAGAGGAUAGGCAAUCUAUCUUUCACUCAGCUAUCCACGUUGAGGCAUCGAGGCGCAUUCACAACAGUAUCCCUAACCUUCGCGACGUGUUGUCAAUUCGUCAAGCACCUAGAUCAAGAAGCUGAGGACCAACAAACGCCAACCUUGCUCGAGAAAUGGUACAAUGGAACCAUGGAUGCCAUUGUCGCCCAAGUUUCGACAACUCGAAGAUCUGCAGGAAUCCCUGCCAUGAUGACCGGCGUGCUCUCUGCCAAUGCCUCAAGUCCUUCCUUCGAGCAGGUAAUGGUCAAGCUGAUGGAAAUUGCCAGCCUUGAAGCCCAUGUCUCUAAAACCGACGGCACCAACCUUCCUCAGGUGCAUGCCUUCAACUGCCUAAAGGACAUUUUCAAGAGCUCGUAUCUCACUGCAGUUGGAAACAAAUCGGAGAAGUACUUGCUGCAGUGUCUUGAGCUGGCCGCUAAUGGCCUCAAGUCAGAACUGUGGGCUAUUCGAAACUGCGGGUUGAUCCUCUUGCGCAGUCUCAUUGACUGCUUAUUCGGCUCCCAUGAAAGCAAGGCUACCAUGGAGGCUGGGUGGGAUGGAAAGGCCAACCGCAUUGCGUAUCACCGCUACCCUUCCCUUCCAAAGGUUCUCCUCAAUCUUCUCAUGUCGGGUCAUGAGAUCAUGGCACCCACAGCCAUGGGCUCGGCGGCGGCAGAGUCUGUCUUUCCAGCACUCGAUAUCAUCCGACGAGCCGGUCCUCCUGAGCUACUCCGAGACGAACUCCAGCUCCACAUCACCAGGUACCUAGCUAGCCCGGUUUGGCAUGUGCGUGAGAUUGCAGCUCGAACCCUUUGCUCGUGUCUCCUGCAUGACAAGUGGCUCGAUGCCAUCGCCGCUUUGGCUGCGGAGUCUGUGCAGCCCGCAAAUAUCAAUUUCCAAAACUAUGUACAUGGUGUUCUACUAUCUCUCAAGUUCGUCAUCGAGAGACUUCAGGAGGUCGUACAAGAUCGUCUUCAAAGUGACGUGCCAAGACUUGUCCAAUUCCUUGGGCAGUAUUGGAGUCAAAUACAGGCUCUCAACUCCCCGGAAAUCGCAGCUGCGUAUCUCGAGGUUGUGAACAUGGUGCGAGCACUUCCAAGACCAGAAGCCGCUGGGCGUCUCCAAUUCGAGUUUCCAAUUUUCGGCAAGUCCCAAAGUGCUCUCUUGAGGGGUCAGCGGGUGAUUCAUGAGGUCUAUUCCGCCUCAGAGUCUGGAACACCAGUCGAGAAUCUCCGAGAUCUGCUCUUGGUCCAGAAAAUGGGUGUGAACAGCCUGGUGGUUGGGUUGGAGACAAUUCCGAAGCUCUGGAACGUGUCAACGUUUUCCGAGACUGACCUCUCUAGCUUCUGCGACCUUUACUUGGACGUUUGCUUAGCCAUCGGUCCGGCCGAGCCAAGAGUCGUUGCCCUGCAAAAUCUUACGGAGCUGCUAUACCAUUCGCUGAAGACGAAUACUACAUCCGCUCUUUCUGCCUCAUCGCUCUCUCGGUUAUGGAAUAGCCUGCAUUCGGGCUUGUUGAACCCUGGCCUCACCAAUGCCGUCAUCAGAAUCAGCGGUUGUAUCAUGGCGAUCCUAAGACAACGACAAGGGGUUUCUGUGGCAGGCAUUCAGAAUUGGGGACACAUGAUGUCAGACAUGGGGCUGGACGACAAGGACUUCGAUACCCGCCUAGCCGCAGCAGAGUCUCUGGCCUCGUUCUUCAGCGUCACGGACUCAGCAUGGGCCGUCGAGGAAUGCCUCCCGGCCCUGCUCGCCGUCUAUGACUCACUAAACGAUGACGAUGAUGAUAUCCGGGACAUUGGCUCAGCCGCCGUAAAGAACAUCCUCGGGCAACCUCUCGUCCCUAUCGAAGCCGCCAACCGGCUUGUGGCUUGGCUCGCUCAGCACUUCAGCAACAGCCCAGCGUUCCGCCGCAUCGUGGCAGGCCGAAUCAUGGGAGACAUCCAAUUCCCCGGUGUCGACAAUGGCGAGACCAAGUUCGCGGAUCAACUCCAGGAGGCCUUGAAGUUCGACGACUCCCUCUUCGUCAUCGAGGAGCAGAAUCUCUUCAUCGACGAGGUCAGAGAGUCCCAGCGCUGGGUGGUUGCGUUCGAGAGCAUGCAAUGGAGCCUAGAAGACGACGCCCUCAAACAUCUGACAUUGUCUGUAUGUGGAGGGCUGGUCUCAGUCGAUCAUCUGACGAGCGAAGAGGAUGGCCCUCUCGGAUACGGAUCGAAGCCCCAGGUCUUUGCCAUCCUGUCACGCGUCAUUCAGGCCGCUGCCGCGCUGAUGAAGCAUCACCCGGACCCCAGCCGGCGCGGAAUUGUCGAAAAGGCGAGCCAUGUCUUGGAGAGUGGCAAAGGUCACAUAUCUGGUCUACUAUUGCGGCCGUUGAAGGAAAGAACACAUGUUUGACUAGAAUAAACAAAUCGAGCAUU